CAAUUCUUUCAUUCGUAUCAUUCAUUCAUUCUUGUGACCGAUGCAGCUUGUGACUGGAGAAAUUAGUUUUUCUUUUAAUUUAUUUUAAUUUAAUUUCUUUUCAUUUUAUGAUGAUUGAAGGACGUGCAAAUGAACUACCCGAUUUCCAAGUUUUUCAGACGGUGAUAAAAUACUGCCUGAUCAUUAUCGUGGUACCCGUACUUUCGUUCUUUACGGCAAAGAGUGUCCUAUUUGAUGGAAUUUUACGUCUAGAGCCAAUUACGAGCAGUGUAUACUCGGCUGUAGUUGCGGUAGUGGUGCUGCACUUAACCCUAGGACUUUAUAUUUUCAAAGCGUAUACUGAUACGGAGAAAUCGGACAAACCUGUGAAACCUGUCAAAAAAGACUAA